AUGAGCGGUUUAACUGAUUUAAUAUUAGAAGAUAUGCCAAUUCAUGUUUAUGAAGGAUAUCUAACAACCCAUUCGAAAACCUUUUCAUCUAUUCUGCCAUUACCACCGAAUAUUUCAUCAACCACCAGUCAAAGAAAUCAUGAUAAGAAAGGUAGCCACGUGAGACUUCACUUAGUGACGAUGGAAGUUAGGUAUGCUGUAAUUUGUUAA